AUGUACGUGAUUGUGGACGUGGUGAUGAACCACAUGGCCAACGAGUUCUUCUUCGAGGGCCACGAGGAGACGCAGGCGCCCUGGCGCUUCCACGAGAACUACGACGGCCGCGAGUACCUGCUCGUGCCGCGGAAGGCGGAAGAACUGCUGCAUGACACGCCCAAGGGGAAGCAGCCCUACAAGGACUUCUGGUACGACAACUCCUGGGACGCUGCAGCCACCUACAACGGCACCCUCUACGGUCAGUAUGGCGAGUGGGUGGACGACACGGGCGCGGGCACGUACAUCGAGUCGGACUUCCACCACAAUGGUGACCUCAUGGACUACUUCGACCCCUGGCAGAUCAACUACGGCAAGAUCUACGGGGUGAUGGACGACCUAAGACUGGAGCACCACCGCGUGCAGGAGAAGUACAUCGCCAUGACCAAGGCGUUGAUUGAGAGUGUGGAUGUGGAUGGUUACCGCGUGGACACGCCCAUGCAGGUGCCCCUGAACUUCUACAAGGCCUGGGCCCCCGCCAUGCGCGAGCACGCCAAAAGCCUGGGCAAGGAGAGCUUCGGCAUCUUUGGGGAGUUCUAUGUGACCCCGGCGCGGUACGCCACCAUGACGGGCCGGGGCAGGGACAACACCAUGUAUGGCCAAGACCGCUUCAUUGACGGCAUUUCCACCUUGAAGGGCGGCAUCGUGUACCCCUACUACUGGUACAUCUUCACCUCUAUGGUCUACAACGACGCCCAGUACGCCGACGGCCUGGCGCUGGCAUACAGGGAGGAGAACAAGAUGAUCGACAUCUACGACCCCAUGACAAAGAGGAAUGAGUAUGUCAUGUGGAACUUCUGCAACAACCACGACAACUGGCGCUUGCAGAGCAUGACGGGCAGGCCUCAGAUGCGGAUGUGCCUGGUUGUCGUUACCUUUUGGCCCGGCGUCCCACUGCACUACGCAGGGGACGAGCAGGACUUCGACACCCCCGGCAGCGCGCUGGACGGCUGGGCGCGCGAGGAGCUGGCAGCCUCCCUGGCGUGGAGGGCCGUGCCCACCCAGCCAGGCGGCAACCCGGCGGAUGUAGACAACUUCGACAUGACUGCGGAGUCCUACCGCUACAUCGCCCGCCUCAACGGCCUGCGCGAGGCCUACUUCGGCGACUUCGGGCAGGAGACCUGCGACGAGGUGGUCACUCCCGAGCCGCAGAUCCCGGACGUCUUGGUCUUCGAGCGCGGCUGCAGUGCGGACCCGCAGCGCCGGAUCCUGGUCAUCGCCAGCUUCCACCAGAACAGCUCCAGCUCGGUGCUGGUCUCCACGCCCUGGGCCGCCGGCACGGAGCUGCGGGACGCCGUGCAGGACACGGACCCCGUGACGCUGGUGGUGGAUCUGCAAGGCCGGGUGGAGUACCAGCUGGCGCCCCUGCAGGCCUUGGUGCUGGUGCCGCGACCCGUGGUACUACCACCCGUGGUGGUGUCUGUGUCCCCAAAGCACGGCUCCAGCAUGGCCUGGCCUGCGGACGAGGCCUUCAAGGCAGGUCUCCGGGUCAAGUUCGACCGCGCAAUGGAGCCCACAGUCUUGCAAUACCUCCGCCUCAAUGGCAAGGAGACACCGCCGGGAGCAGCGAAAGCUUCAGGUGUUUGA